AUGCUGUUCUACCCGCUAUCUGCUCUCUUUGCUGCCACUACCACUGCCCUUGCGGUCCCAGUCAAGCGAGACGUGCCUGUGGAGAACUGUGUAAUGCUCACCUCUGGUUCUCUUGUCGGCGAAGGUGGUCAACAGUUAUACCUCUCGGACGAUAAACAAGGAUUCACCUAUGCUGGGAAUAACCAAACCUCAUUCUUGGUCGAGUUCCAGUCAUGCGACCCCAAUUUCACCAAGUACCCCAACUCGGGUGAUGGGCCUUAUGCUGGACACAUCGUGGUCGUUUCCGAACAAAAGUGCUUGGAGGUCCCGAGCUAUGAAAAUUAUGGAAGUGCUACCUACCCACUAAGGUUGACAGACUGCUACUACUCGAGCGACUCGGGUCAAUUUGCCUUCACAUUCUUGAAGAAAGGCGAUAACUAUUAUUGGUCUGGCGCGACCAUGAGCGACGGGUCACUGAUUCAAAAUGGAGAGCAAGGCUGCACUGAGGGCCUUUUCGGUUACAAGACCGGAGAGAACAACGCGCUGUUGGACUCUGGUAGCGUGAACGUUACAUGUGCUUCGGGCCCUGAUGCAAAGGCCUUCCAAAUUUCACCUUGA